AUGUUUCACUGCAUUCCCCUGUGGCGGUGCAACCUUCAUGUGGAGACCAUCGACAAGCGCCACUGCUCGCUGUACUACGUGCCCGAGGAGGUCUACCGCUAUGCACGCAGCCUGGAGGAGCUGCUGCUCGACGCCAACCAGCUGCGGGAGCUGCCCGAGCAAUUUUUCCAGCUAGUAAAAUUACGAAAGCUUGGACUUAGUGAUAAUGAAAUUCAGCGGCUCCCUCCAGAAAUAGCAAACUUCAUGCAGCUUGUGGAACGUGAUGUGUCUCGAAAUGAUAUUCCUGAAAUUCCAGAAAGUAUCUCAUUCUGUAAAGCACUACAGAUAGACUUCAGCGGAAACCCACUGACUAGGUUGCCUGAGAGCUUUCCUGAACUACAGAAUUUAACAUGUCUUUCUGUAAAUGACAUCUCACUGCAGUCUCUACCUGAAAAUAUUGGCAAUCUUUAUAACCUGGCUUCACUGGAACUGAGAGAGAACCUUCUUACAUAUCUUCCUGACUCACUUACCCAGCUACGGAGACUUGAAGAACUUGAUUUAGGAAACAAUGAAAUAUAUAAUUUGCCAGAAUCAAUUGGAGCUCUUUUACAUCUAAAGGAUCUCUGGUUAGACGGGAAUCAGCUCUCAGAAUUACCUCAAGAAAUUGGGAACCUCAAGAACCUGCUAUGCUUGGAUGUCUCUGAAAACAGGUUAGAAAGACUUCCUGAAGAAAUCAGUGGCCUGACUUCUUUAACAGACUUAGUAAUUUCCCAGAACUUACUGGAAACAGUUCCAAAUGGCAUUGGAAAACUGAAGAAACUGUCUGUCUUGAAGGUGGAUCAGAACCGACUUGCACAGUUGCCUGAAGCUAUUGGGGAUUGUGAAAGUCUCACAGAGUUAGUUCUUACUGAAAACGGUCUAUUGACUUUACCUAAGAGCAUUGGAAAGCUUAAGAAGUUGAGCAACUUGCACGCAGACAGGAAUAAAUUAGUGUCUUUACCAAAAGAGAUUGGUGGUUGCUGUAGCCUCACUGUGUUCUGUGUACGUGACAAUAGACUAACUCGAAUACCUGCAGAGGUGUCACAGGCGACAGAACUUCGUGUCCUAGAUGUGGCAGGGAAAGAGAAUCUGCCUCGUUGUGGUGCACUGGAGAGAUUGGUAAAUGACGUCUCUGAUGAAACUUGGAAUGACCGUGCAGUACACAGAGUCAGUGCAAUCCGAUUUUUGGAAGAUGAAAAAGAUGAAGAUGGUGAAAUGAGAACACUUCUAAGGCGAGCCACCCCACACCCAGGGGAGUUAAGGAACAUGAAAAAGACGGUGGAGAACUUACGGAAUGAUAUGAAUGCUGCUAAAGGACUAGAGUCAAGUAAAAACAAGGUCAAUCAUACCACUGACCUUGUGACUACAUCUGUGUAGAAUUUCACCUCUGCGUUCUGUGUUCUACCUGCUGUGUCUCCCCUGCUGUGGAGAUGUUCCUGUCCUUUGUGCUUCUGAGGAGCCUCACACAGUCCUUCACCUGCGCCACAUCUGCAUAUCACCUCCGUGACAAGUGCCAGGAUGCCUAUCCUCAAGGAAGUGCCUUAUUUGUCCUUCAGCCAGUCAUCUCACCAGUGGCCUCCGAGUCUGAUUGUUACUCAGCUUUCAGAUCUUCAUAAAAGUAGAAUACACUACUGUCCACAUCUGACCUGCUUCUGUCUUCUGUCAGAGUGAAGGAGAGGAGGAAAGGAAUUUUUAUCCUCUCCAUUAUGUGCUGGACAUUUUGAACCCUCGUUUUCUUGAAUCUACUGAUGAAAGGAAGUUUUAUGUAUACGGGGAAACUAAUCAUUCUUAAC